CCGUCAGACGAGACUGUGGGAGGAAGACGUUGCUGCGACAGAUGAGGACGUUGUCGCAGCGGAAGAUUUGAAAGAAAACUGAACGUGUGAAAUUUUCUAUUGCAGCUGGUUUAUAUCAGAAAUGGCUGAUGAAAAUGCCACAAGGAAACUGGUCAUUGUUCAAGUUGGAAAACCGAUGCGUUCAAAUGUCAACAGUCGGCGAAUGAGGAGAUGCUUGUCUGAUAAACCACAACAUGGACGUGUAGAACUAAGUACGAGUACAAAGGACGCUGAAAAAGAAAACAUGGAGAGGAAAUUAAUGUGUAAAUCUCAGUCCCUUACUUUUAGUAAGAGGAAUCUUCGGUCACGAAAGCCUUUAGAGCGUUCAGAAACUGAAAACUCCCAAGAUGGUUUCAGUGAUGUUGAAAGCAUGGGGUCUGUUGAUGAAGAUAUGUUAUUUGAUUCAAACAACAAUGAAGGUUAUUGUACCCCUCAAAAAACUCCAAGAGAUUGUGAAAUGAGCAAUUCAGGAUCUAAUAAUGAACCGGUGAGCCCCACUUGGAAUCUGAAAAUGUUGUGCACUGCUGUUAGUCCUGAAAUCAGGCGAAUGCAGCAAGAACGAGAAAGUGUUGUGGAGGAAGGCAGAUCAUCUGCGGCAUCCUCAAUGACCAGCAUGACUUGCUCUGGUCACAUUCUGAGUCCAACCGAGGAAAACAGCAGGGAAGGAUUAGACAUGAUUUCUUCGCAAGAUAGUGCAGUGGGAACGGAUCUCGAAAUGUUUACGUCUCGCAAAGACAAGUCUUUGGGCAGACUGUGUGACAAAUUUCUUUUAAAAUAUCCAGAUCAUCCUGGGAACUGCAGAAUAGAAAUCUGCUUGGAUGAGGUGGCCAAGGAUUUAGCGGUGGAGCGCAGGCGCAUCUAUGAUAUUGUGAAUGUCCUGGAGAGUGUGGAGAUUGUGAGCCGAGCGGCGAAGAACAAGUACACGUGGCAUGGAAAGACCAACCUCCCCCACACUCUGGUCAAGUUGAAGAUCUUGGCAGAGAAGGACAAACUGGCAGAGCAGAUGAAGAAAAUAAGAGAUCAAGAAUUGGCCAGGGAGCUAGAAGAUCAGCAACCCGGCGCAAAGGAGGCGAAGGCAGAUACUGAGGAGAAAGUGGAAGAAGCUGUGUUGCCGAGGAAGGACAAGUCUUUGGGCAUUAUGAGUCAAAAGUUCCUUAUGCUGUUCCUUGUUUCUAAGCCAAAAACUGUGAACUUGGAUUUGUCAGCAAAGAUAUUGAUUGGUGAUUUGAUGGACAAUUUUGACCCCUCCAAAUUUAAGACAAAAAUCCGUCGGUUGUACGACAUCGCCAACAUCCUCACAAGCCUGGGCCUCAUCAAGAAGGUGCACGUCACAGAGAUCAGAGGUCGCAAACCUGCCUUCCAGUACAUCGGGCCGGACGUGGACAACAUUCACGAUGUCAACACGUGCUGCAAUGAUGGCUGUCAUCGACCGAGUUCGAGACACUCGCUCCUGGACUGUGUGCGCAAUGAAAAUGUUCAAAGUAUUGUCAAUGGGUUUCGCCCAAUCAGACCUGCUGGGACUUCAUCUCUUCUGGAUGGAAUGAAAGUUAGAAGUGAUCUGCGGGUAAAACUUCAACAACAAACCUGUGACGGGCCUGGGUCCGGCCUGAACCGGCACUCGUCUUUUGACGAGAUCUGCAGGAUAGCUGAGCAGGAGAGGAAUGUGUUGAUACGAGGCUCCACCUCCGUGCCCACUAGUCCCGUGAAAAAACUCAACUUUGAUGAAGUUCCUGCUCCUGAGCCGAGACAGCCCAAGUUUGCCGUUCCUGCAAUGGUGAAGCACUUCAGCUUUGACGAGCGGUUAGUGAAGAGUGAUGGUGGCCAGCCAACCCUUAAAGCUGUCCACAGCAUUCCAGGGAAGGUCAUUCACCGACCCCGUGCCAUCCCCGCCCAGACUCAGCCAAAGAAUAUUAUCAUCUGUACCCCAACUACGGCCACCAGAACCCCGGACACUCUCAUUUUCUCUCAGGAGACGGGCGAGGUUCGCUCAGUGGGUAGCCACGGCAAUCAAAAGCAUACCCUGUCUCAGGCGGAAAUAGAUCACGUUUUGCAUUCUCUGCGCAUCGUGAAGCCAGCUGCGCAACGGCAGAUCCAGUUCAACAAGCCGCCAGAGGAGGGUGGCAGCGGUACAGCCUCUUUCCUAGGCCGCAGUCUCCUCUCCCCCGACUAUGACAUGGCCACGCUCAACGAGACGAGCCCCAUGCCCGGAACCACGUUCAUCAACCGCACGCUGAAGCGCAACAUGGUGGAGGUGGACUUUGGCCCGCAGGGUGAGAAGCGCAUCAAGCUGGACUUGCCCACCCCUCCGUGCGGAUCCUCCGCGGUCUCCUCCUCUGCUGGAGGUUCGGGGCUGACGCUGUCUUCCGGUGUCGGAAAGACGCCCGAUGUGAAGUUUAGCCUCAAGAGAAUUCACAGCAUGCCGCCCCCUAGCACUACCAACAGUAGCAGCAGCUCCUCCUCGGUGAAAACUCUCCCGCACAUCAUCGUGCACCGGCGCGUGCGGCCCGCCUCCUCUUCCCAGAACACGCCCUCCCCCGGGGGACAGCUCAUCACUCUGCAGAUGAGCAACGAGUCGAGCACGACCACCACCACCACCACCACGCACUACAUGUCCCUCCUGGGUGAGCGGCCAUGCGUGGUGAAGAACGGCAGCGGCACCACAAGUAGAAUAGUCAUCGAGAAUGUGUCGACCGCCGCCGCUCCGAUCUCUUCCCUGGUGAAAAACACCCCGAACAGUAGCUCGACCCCUGUGCCCAUCAGAAUCAUUGCCAACCCGCAUGUGUCCGUGCCCUUCUCCUCCUUCUCCUCCUCCUCCUCUUCCUCCUCUGUUGUUUCCCCGGCCCUAACCUUGAGCCAGCCCUCCCCCACACCACUUGAGGCUUUCACCCCGCCCCUCACCCCCAACAGCACGGCUGCGAUGCCCACAUUUGGCAGCAGCGGCCCUGGGUCGGUUAUUGCGACAACAUGCGUGGGCUCGUCCGUGGCGAUGUCGACGCCCCACGCCCCGGUCAGCCUGAGAAAGGUGUUGACCACCAUGCCCGGCUCAACGGUGCAGGGCACGGCCAGCAGACUGCCCUCCCACAGCAGCUCUUCGUCCCCGUUCAAGGUCGUGGUGCCCUCGGGGUCAAAGCAGCCGGCCACCACUUACCUCCUCAAGGUGCCCGCGCAGGGCAAGCUCAGCAAGACUGCCUCCAUGUAGGAUGAGCGACCACCUAUAACGUGCCGUGUAGGCCUCUCGUGCAAUUUGUUUUAUCCUAAUCAUCAUCCCCACGGCUUGAACACUCCGGAGUCACAAAGUUUUGACGUGUGGGGGUGUUUCUGCGGAGAGCAGAACUAUACGUGGGAGUUUUGUGUUGUUUUUUCCCUGAAAAUUGUUUUAAAGGCUUUUUAAUUUCAUGUGAACUUAAGUUAUUGUAAAUAGCCCCCCUUUAUUUUUGUUUUUAGCUUUUUCUUUAAACUUGUUUUUUAUGUCGGUCUUUCGAGACUACUUCUUUCACUAGUGCCAUGAUUUCUUACAUACAGGAUUUUAACUAAUUGUAUGCAUUAUUUCUCAUCCUCUUCCUGCAUUACAAGGACGACAUGCUCUAAUGUUUCCAGUAUUAUUGAACUAUUUGAAAAUCAAUAGUCGAUGGCUAGCGAAGAGGAAUAAGGAUUGUUGUAUCCCUUUUAGCUUCGGUUCAUGAGUUAUGAUUGUGGAAGCACUUUCAAGCUGUGAUCAGCUUUGUUGUAUGACUUUUGUUACCCAUGACACUUUCACGGUUUCUCUCGGUUGAGAAACACGAGACUGAUAGAAAAACUCCUUUUUUCUCACGUUGAGCACCACAAUCAGAAUUGUAGGUGGGUGCUGUGGUUCGCUGUGUUUUCAAGCUGAAGUCUUUGGAUUAUGAAAAAGCUUUCAAUGUUUUAAAAGUUGUUUCUUUUACAUUUCUUUUUCUUGUGAAUAUGUAAAGAAAAUAUGAACUCUCAAAUUAACAUCAUCAUGUUACCCGGAAAUGGAAUUUGCUCCAGGUUUUUUUGGUGUUCUGAUUUCUUGAUGAAAUAACUAUAAGUAUAACUUGUACUGUAUGUAAAGAAAUAUCUUUAAAUAUAUUUAUGAAUGAUUGCUGCCUACUACUCUGGAGAAAGCAUUCAGGGGCAGGGAUAGUCCUGGUGGUUUAUAUUUAAGAGAGAAAACUUGGGACUGGGGUCUCUGUGAGAAGUGUGCUUUAAAAUACUCGAGUCAUUUAUUAUUUAUUGGAACGGUUGCCAGUCUGUGGGUGGGUGUGUCUGGUGUUAUGCUAAGAGAUAGUAAUUUAUGAUUUAUCUUGUAGUAUUAUGAUGGAUUAUUAUUAUAUUAUAACCCCUAGGGGGUGGUCCAUUUCCUGUGUGAGAUGGUGGUAGUAACAGGAUACAGCUUGCAAGAAGUUGCUGCUUGAAUUUGUGUGGAAGUGUGCUGACUUUUUCUGGAUAUAGAUGAAAUCUACCAUGGUUUUGUUUUAUUUUUCCUCUUGAGUGAGAUACCUGUUUAGCUAGCUGAAUAGCAGUUCAGUAUGUGAGGGUAAGUAAGACUUAGACUGUAAGGAUGCAGGUUGUUUUUAAAAAAACAAACAAAUCGAGAGAUGUUUAUCAAUGCAGUGAUAGACUGUUCAGUUUGCAUUCCAGUCGUUACAUUCAGGGGACUUUUUGUUCUGCGUAGAGUAAGUCUUUAGGACAUACUAUUAUAUUCAUUGUGUGUGCAGCUGGAAGUGGGUGCACUGAGAAUUUUGAUCUUCUCUUAAAAAUGUGGAGGCUAUGAUAGAGAUACUGUAGGCAAACAGUAAUUAUAAAUAAUUAUGUAGUUUCUUAGAUAUUCAGUGGACUAUUUUCAAUAAUUUUGCGUAUUGUACUUUCUGACAUAGUGACUGAAAUCCACAGCAUUCUCAUGUCGCAUCAUGAAUUACAUUGCAUUUCAAAGUUAGCCAUUUUUGUAUUACUUACUGACAGCAUUUAUUAAGAUGAUUGUAAUUAUCUUUAGUCCCAUUAACUCCGUUACUCAAAGAUUGAUGCAUAUCUCAUUGCUGUGUUUUUUACCUCCCUGUCAUCUCAAAGUCAAAGUUCCCAUACUACUUGCAGAGUGAUGAAUUUCCCAGAAUUGUUGUGUGUCUUCCCCCCUCACUGUGUGUGGUCAACUUUAGCUCGCGUCUGAGUGUGUCUGAUAGUAGUAUAGUAGUUUGACCAUUUUUGAUAAAACUUUUUGUUGACAGAUGGUUCUUGGGGAUGUCUCACAGAAAUUCCACAUUUAUGGCAAACCUGUGAUUCGUGUGUGCUUUCAACUUCUCACGAAAUGUCCAUGAUUUUAUUUUGCUUUCAUUCAACUCAUAAAAUCAUGAUUUCCCGGUCAUGCUUUCUUUUUUAUGAAGAAUUGAUUUGUCACGACAGGAGAAAGUUGUUAAGUUGUAUGAGCAACUGUGCCACCGAAAGACAAAUACUGUUCAAUAUGUUUUAUUAUAUUUUUUUUAAAGGGGAAGCGGUGUAGGCUUUUUUUCUGCUUAUUGGAGACCAGUGUUCUUUGCAACUCUGUAAAAUUUCGUUUUUAAAAAAAGGCUAACAAGAAAAGCGCGACAACAAAAAAAUCUCCCUCGUUGGAUUACUUUGACUACUUGACUACCUGUCCUAAACUAGGGGACAUAUUUGCCUGACUUUUCAGUUGGUUCCAUGAUGUAUGGUGUGUGAAAGCAGUUGCUUUUUUUUUUACCCCCACUGUAAAUAAGCAUUUAAUUUGAUAUUGUUAACUUUAGAAAACACAACAUUGAAAUUACCUGCAAAAUUAUCCGUGAAAAAAAAAAAAUUCUAUACAGCAUUAAUGCUGAAUACUGUCAGAGAUUCAUAUCAAUUACAAUUCACAAGAUUGUGUUGCCUGUUGCUGUCACAGAAAACAUUUCGUUUGAGCCCGGUGGGGGGGGGAUGAAGAUCUGAUUGACAGGACAAGUGUUUCACCUUCAAUGGUUGAGUCUUUCUACAGGGCUUUUUAAGACUAUUACAAAACAACUUUUAUUGCCGCUUUUCAAAUUCCACGAUUAUUUCUUUCUAUGCUCCCAUUCCGCUCCAUACCCUCCUCCGACUCAUUCUUUUAUGAUAUUGAUGGUGUUGUUGAGUGACUGCCCUUGUCAACUUGGUCCUUGGUGCCACCACACAUCAAGAGCUCUCGCCUGAAUAUACACAUCAUAUUGUAUAACGCGUGAUUCCACUUUCCUUCAGUUGCACUCUCUGUACUGGGUAUUUAGACGCUAUCUAUUUUAUGAAAAAGAUAUCUCUUCCUUUUCUAAUUACAUAAUUAGUGUUUUCUAUUUGUCGCACUAAGCUUCUGUAAAAUUGGGGGGAGGGGGUUGUUGUAUGUGAAAAAAACUAGUUUUUCUCAAGUGCAACAGUAUUUUCAUUCCCAACAACAGGUCUUUUUCACCCCUGGUUGUAAAUUAUUACUGUGUUGCAUUUCCAAUCAGGCUUGUGUUGCUUCUUGUAAUGUUUUGCAAUCAGUUGAAUAAGUGCUCACAAGAUUCUUACGUUGUGAGUUUAUAUAAAAGGAUUUCUUUUACAACUGGUUAGUCUGUUGAAGUGCUACUUUUCCACCUUAACCGUAUUAUUGAAAAGCACGUCUUUAGAACAUUUCAUUUGUUUCGGCGUGCUGGUGUGUGCGCAUGGCUCAGCAGAUGGGCAUGGUUGUUGGUUUUUAUUUAAUUUUAUUUUUUAAAACCUGUUUUGACGUGCCAUGCCUGUAUCAGUAGAGAGUGGUGGCGACUGUGUCAUGAAUUCUUGGAUGCUUUUUGUGUCCUGGUUGUGCAGGUCAAUGUUUGCCAACCUGACUGAGAUAUCGCUCCCACAAGUGGGCACUUUGGUAAUUUUGGAAGGCAGUGACAGAGGUAUUAUUCAAUGCCCUGCUUGGAAAUGCGUUUAGGUGGGCGGUACAAGAAUUCUAGUUUGCCUUGUAAAAUGAGGAGUUCAAAAGUAGGCGCUGGUUAGUAUAAAACAGGUUGACAGGCACUGAUUUAGGUGAAAGAUUGGACAGUGGAGGGAUGCCAAAUCUCUGUUUUUUCCCAGUUUUUUCAUCCGUUGGAAUUUUUACAUACACUUGCAAAGGAAAGGAGAGAGGUAAGAGAGGUUUUUGUUUGCUCAUUGAAAGACUUUACAAGGUUCAUUUUAGGUGAGAUGUGAUGCUCCACCACGUUCAGGUUAAAAA